UGACCAGAAGCUGAAUGGCGACACUCAGACGUGCGAGGUUAUGGUUUACUUAUAGAAAUAUGUUGCUGUUGUUGCUCUGCAUUUCUCUCUCCUGUCUACCGUUUUACACGUCGGCUAAGAGAGAUGUCAAGAGAAACGACAGACCAAUUAUUGGUGUCCUGGCUCAGGAAGUUUAUACACCAAAACCAAACCAAACUGCUUACAUUGCUGCCUCUUAUGUCAAGUUCCUGGAGUCCGCAGGAGCGAGGGUUGUCCCUGUCAUGAUUAACCGGACAGAGGAGGAGUACAAGGCACUGUUCAACUCCAUUAAUGGGAUCCUUUACCCGGGCGGGGGCGUCAGCAUCGUCUCCUCUGGCUAUGAAAGGGCCGCAAAAAUCUUUUAUGAGCUCGCUAUUGAGGCGAACAAGCGAGGAGACUAUUUUCCCGUGUGGGGAACCUGCCUCGGAUUCGAACAGCUGGCCUAUUUGACGAGUGGAAAGUCUCUGCUGACGCAUACUAACACGAGCGGCGUGGCGUUGCCUCUGAACUUCACCAGCGAAGCCAAAAACAGCAGGAUGUUUAAAGGCUUCCCUCCUGAGCUCGUGAAAGCUCUGGCGUCUGAGCCGCUGACAGAAAACUCUCACCAGUGGAGUCUGGCUACGCUGACAUACAAUACCAAUGAUGACCUGAGGAGGUUUUACAAAGUUCUCUCCACAAACACAGAUGGGAACACAGAGUUUGUGUCAACAAUUGAAGCGUAUGAUUAUCCGAUCUAUGCGACGCAGUGGCACCCAGAGAAAAAUGCAUUCGAGUGGACGAGGCCGUAUAUUCCGCACUCCCCGUCGGCGGUGAAGACGACCUUCUACAUGGCCGAGUUCUUCGUCAGUGAAGCCAGGAAGAACUUCCACAGAUUCGCAUCCGAGGAGGGGGAGAGCGACGCGCUGAUAUACAACCACGACGCCGUUUACACCGGGGCCAAGAGCGCCUUUGAGCAAAUCUACUUCUUCUGAGUGCUUUUCCUUUUCCAGCGGCUGAUUUAAUCGCGACUUGAGCGCGUUUACAGAUAAUUUUACUUGUUUGAUUUCUGUGUUUUGCCUCCGUCUCUCACGCAGUAUAAAUAUUGAGUGAGAGCAGAGUAGGAUUUUUAUUUUGUUUAAAAAAAAAAAAAGCCAAAUAAUGCUGUGUGGAUGCUGUUGCUGGGUUUACAGCUUUGUAAUUAAAUGUUUCUUUUUUUUUUUUUCACCAAGUAAUUACCCGACUAUCUGAGUCUGCAGUUGUACUCGGUGAAAACAGAGGAGCCGUUUUAAUGCCUUUUAAGAAUAGCAAGAACAUGUACCUCAGGAUGAAUUGGCGAUGUCUGAAAAAGGGAAUCAAUUGUAGGUCCUUACCUGCUGGAUGGAGAAAAACAUGUGUUAUUCUUUCAGUUUGUGCUGCUUCCCUCAAGUGACCAAAAACAACAACAAAACACAGCUUUAAAAAUGCACAAAAUAACCAUGUCAAAGAACAGAAGACUGAUAAAAUAUCUAUUUUUUCUUUAUUCUUAUUAACAUUUACUUUCAUGCCACAAUCUGCCAUUGAUCUCCUCCUAUGCUUUGGAUAACAAAGUUGAGCAUCUUGGAAAAAGUCGUCAACCACUGGCUAGAAAGUUUUAGCUGCUGCCGUCGGCAUUUUAUAAAGUCCACUUUCAACUCAAGGACAGCAACAGGAGAACAGAAAUGAAUAGUCAAAUGUAACUUCCCAAAAUGCUUUAUGCACAAAGAACACUCAGGUAAUAUUGUUAUUUUUUAGUCUUUAGGAUAAAAUGAUAUUUUGAAUAACAUUUACACAUCAAGCUGACGAGACCGGGAUCUCAAUCACAAUACUACUGGAAAUGUAAUUUAUGCAAUCCAGUAAGGAACAUUCAUGAUGUCAAAAACGACUAUGUUGAACUGAGCUAUCAGGGAUAGUGCCACAAACUACCUCUGAACAUGCACUGUAGUGGAACACAAAUGGCCAUUCAAAUAAAUAUAACAAAAAUAAAAACAAAGUCAAACUAAAAUUGUGCCUUUUAGAAUUCAUCGUUUCUGGUGAGAAGCUAAUAUGACAUAUUCUUUCCCCUUUAUGUACAAAUGCAUUAUUUUUCCAGGGCAGAACAUUAAUCCUAAAGGCUUCUGACGUUAACCUUUGUGCAGUAUAUCCACUGAUUAGUUCCUCUACCGGCCUCAAACCCGUUAUAAGCAGUCGCCCAUGCAGAGUCUGUACAUUUUAGCUUUAUGUCAUUUGGUGUGUGGGUAUUUUUCUGGAGAAUGAUUUUGUAUUGUCCUGUGAAGUUUGAAAACUCCUUCUCAGUUUCUGAAUCAAGUGUUAGCAGUUGAAUCUAGGUAUUAAAAAAAUAAAAAUAAA